UUAAAUUUUGACGACAAUAGUCGAUAAUGAAAUUAAAGAAUAGGAAAAUGGAUAAACGCCAACGAUUACGCUUCGAUUCGAUUGCGAUAAAGUGGCAAUUUAUUAGCAGAAUUAUACCAACAAUAUUUAAAGAUAGCGCAAACACAUAAGAAUUCUAAUUUGAUAAUAAUAUUAUCUUUAAAAAAAACUUGUUUGUUAUAUAUUAUUAUAUGUGAAUAUUCAGUCGAGUCAAGACUAAAUUAUAAGUAAUUAUUAAAGAAGGGUUUUAAAGUUUUAUGGAAAAAUGUUAAAGAACCCACUUUACGUGUACGGUGAUGAGCUGGUGGAAGUACCAUCACAUUUAAACUUCGGUCAGUUUAUAGUGACCACUAUGUGGAAUCAUGGAGAUAAAGUGGCAAUGAUUAAUGGAGUUACACAUGAAAGAUUAUCAUAUCGAGAUAUAGUAAAGGAUGCUAUGAAUAUAGCUGUCUCCCUCACUCGUAUAGGAGUGAAGAGAGGAGACAUAAUAGCAAUAUGUUCAGAGAAUACACAGGAGUAUUGGAGCACGUUUAUUGGUAUAUCAUGUACCGGAGCUACGUUUACUCCCACUAAUUUGGCAUAUACUAAAGAUGAACUGAUACACGUUUUAAAUAUAUCAAAACCAAAAAUGAUAUUUUGUUCUCAACUCGCUUAUAAGAUACACGAAAAGACCUUACGAAGUCUAUCGUACAUGGAGAAAAUUAUUCUCUUCGGUACAGACAGACCACCAUAUACACUAUUAUAUAACGAUUUAGCUAAAGAUAACAGGAAUCUUACACUGGAGAAUUUUCAAACCGCUGAUGUAAUAGGACAAACAGACACAGCUGUUAUAUUGUACUCGUCUGGGACCACGGGAUUGCCGAAGGGCGUGAUGUUGACACAUUUGAACAUGUUGACAACAUGUAAUAUGUCAAGCACCGUGAACCCUAAAGAGUCGUCUCUUACUAUUACCCCGUGGUACCACACAAUGGGUCUAAUGGGGAAUUUAAGAAUAUUUGCGAGUGGUAGCUUUUUCGUAUAUUUACCUAAAUUUGAAAGUGGUCUUUAUUUAAAGACAAUAGAAAGAUAUCAAAUUUCCCAGAUAGUAGUAGCGCCUCCAGUUCUGGUGGCACUUUGUAAGUAUCAAGCUAACUAUGACGUCAGUACGGUAAAGCAGGUGUACUCCGGCGCAGCGCCAUUGCGCAGUGACACGAUAAGAGCCGUUACAGAUAGGUUUCCAAAUGUUUCAAGUGUCCUUCAAGGCUAUGGCAUGACGGAGGCAACUCUCGGGGUCACUAGAGACACGUACGAUAAAGCACACUUGUCUAAAACAGGCAGCGUUGGCCGUGUCAUAUCUAGUUUUAUCAUAAAGGUUGUAGAUAUUGAAACAAGAACACCACUAGGAGUCAAUCAACCUGGAGAAAUCUACGUAAAAGGUCCUUCGGUUAUGAAGGGAUACGUUGGUAAAGAUGGAAAGGAGGACUUUGAUGAUGAAGGGUUCUUCAAAACUGGUGAUAUCGGUUACUACGAUGAAGACAAAUGCUUUUUCAUAGUAGAUAGAUUAAAGGAACUUAUUAAGUACAAAGGUUAUCAGGUACCACCCGCAGAAAUAGAAGCGGUUUUGCUCCAACAUCCCAGUGUACGUGACGCUGGGGUUGUUGGGAUUCCCCACGCUGAUGCGGGAGAAGUACCACGUGCUUUUAUUGUUGUACAACCAGAAGCCAAUUUGACUGAAGAUGAUAUUAAAAAUCUUGUAAAACAAAAGCUAUCAAACCCGAAGCAUCUCCGCGGCGGAGUUCAGUUCAUCAAGGAAAUACCGAAGAAUGCAAGCGGGAAAAUUUUGAGAAGGAAACUUAGAGAGAUGGCACAGAUAAAAAAUGAGACAAAAAGCAAAUUAUAAUACAAAAAUAUAUAAAAUUUUAAAUGUCAU